GGUGCCUUCAAAAGGUUGCAACCAAAAGCACCAGUUGUUUAACAACAUUUAGGAAAAUGCUUCACAUCCUCUUUCUUGUUGCUCUCCUAUUCUUCCCAUCCUUCGAAGCUGCAGAUUUCUGCGUUGCAAAACUGAAAGGUGCAGGCAGUCCUUCAGGGUAUGCCUGCAGGAGCCCUGCAAAUGUCACAGUUGAUGAUUUUGUGUUCACUGGUCUAGGCAUUGCUGGUAACACUACGAAUAUUAUCAGUGCUGCUGUGACGCCAGCUUUUGUUCAGCAAUUUCCGGGAGUAAAUGGUCUUGGCCUAUCCUCUGCACGACUGGACCUUGCACCAGGGGGUGUUGUUCCAAUGCACACUCACCCUGCUGCCUCUGAAAUUCUCUUUGUAGCAUCUGGAAAAAUUACUGCUGGUUUCAUUUCAUCAUCUGCAAAUACUGCUUAUGUAAAAACUCUUAACAAAGGUGAUGUUAUGAUUUUUCCACAAGGGUUGCUUCAUUUUCAGAUAAAUGCUGGUGGAACACCUGCACUUGCUAUUGUUAGCUUCAAUAGCCCUGAACCUGGUCUGCAAAUUCUUGAUUUUGCAUUGUUUGGCAAUAACUUGCCCUCUCAGUUGGUGGAGAAAACAACUUUUCUUGAUGAUGCUCAAGUGAAGAAGCUCAAGGGUGUCCUUGGUGGUACUGGCUAGGCUUGUAUGGCAAUAUCCCUUCUUUGCUGUGUUGUAGUUGGAUUAAUUUUAUUACUGUGUUCUUCUUCCGACCUAUGGAUUUUUCUGAUCAUUGUUUAGUGAUACUGUGGAUCUGAGAUUUUUCUUAAGCAUUGAAAGAUGAUUGUAAUUUGUUCUGUCUCAUGUUAUCUGAGAAUUGUGUAUCCCAGUCAGUUUUUUGCAAAGAUGUGAACCUUCUUAAUUGACAAGUUUUAAUUUUUCUCA